CCAUGAAACCCAGCUUUCAUUCUCAGCCCACAGUUUCUCUCUCUCCCUCCUGUUUUUCAGCAAUUUUGAACCAUCCUAUUCGAAUGGCUCCCUCGAUUCUCUGAAGAUACUAAACUCUCAAUCAGGCAAAUCAGUCUUUCUAUUUGUGCUUGACCCCAUUCUAUCCUCUCGGUCUCUCUCCCUCUCUAACUUCUCUUUCUUUCUCUUAACUUCCUUGCAACGUCUUUGGUUUUUUGAAUCUGAUAAUAUUUUAUUAAUCUUUUCCCGUGUUUUUAUCAGAUCUAAAUUCUGUCUUUGUUCCACAAUUUUGGUUUUUUAUGAUAAGUUUUCGAUAAAAAUCCAAUCUUAUCUCUCAUGCUUGUUCAUUGAAAUUUGGCGAAUACUUGAGAGAGUGCUAGGAAUAUAAACUCCUGUGAUUAUUUUAAAUCAAUCUAAUUCUAAUCACAUUGUAAUCUCAAUUUUUCUCUUCAAAAUUAUUGUUUACUCGGAAAAAUAACUUCUGGGUUUCUUUUAAAUUAAUCAAAUUUGGAUUAAAUUCUCAUAAAGUUCAUUCCUUUAGAGUGAUUGCAAUUCUGGGUUUCUCUCAAAACAUGGUAACAGUCAAUAUAGGAAUGCUUCAUUAUGUAAUAGACCACAUUUAUGGAGCGUUUAUGCACAGAACCAAAAUAAGCCCACCAUUCUUUUCUAGAGGGUGGGGUGGUUCAAAGCUUGAGCUUUUAGAGAGAAUGAUUAAGGACUUAUUCCCUGAAGUUGAAGGCCAAAAUUGGCCUCCAAGUUUAAUACAACCUAUUUGGAGAACAGUUUGGGAGACCAGAAGUGCUUGUUUAAGAGAAGGUGUUUUUAGGACUACUUGUGAUGAGCAGUUGAUUAGUGCAUUGCCUCCUGAGAGUCACACUGCAAGGGUUGCUUUUCUUGCACCCAAACAUGUCCCACCACAGAAGAUGGCCUGUGUGGUUCAUCUCGCAGGCACUGGGGACCAUUCAUUUGAUCGGAGAUUGCAUCUUGGUGGACCAUUAUUGAAGGAAAAUAUUGCAACCAUGGUGCUAGAGAGCCCUUUCUAUGGACGGAGACGACCCAUGCUGCAGCAUGGCGCAAAGCUCUUGUGUGUUAGUGACUUGCUUUUAUUAGGUAGGACAACCAUUGACGAGACACGCAGUCUUUUACAUUGGUUAGACUCUGAGGCAGGGUUUGGAAAGAUGGGUGUUUGUGGACUGAGCAUGGGAGGAGUACAUGCUGCAAUGGUUGGAUCACUGCACCCCACACCUGUUGCAACCCUUCCUUUUCUUUCUCCACACUCUGCUGUUGUGGCAUUCUGUGAGGGGAUAUUGAGGUAUGGCACUGCAUGGGAGGCACUGAGAGAGGAUCUUGCAGUGCAAAAGCCUGCAAUGACUCUCGAGGAUGUGAGAGAACGGAUGCGAAAUGUGCUGUCUCUCACAGAUGUCACGCGCUUUCCAAUUCCCAAAAAUCCCAAUGCUGUAAUAUUUGUUGCUGCAACCGAUGAUGGAUACAUACCAAAACACUCUGUUUUGGAGCUUCAAAAAGCUUGGCCAGGUUCAGAGGUGAGAUGGGUUACUGGUGGACAUGUCUCAUCCUUUCUUCUGCACAAUGAUGAGUUUCGGAGAGCGAUUAUUGAUGGGCUUAACAGAUUAGAGUGGAAGGAGCCUCCAUUUUGAAACGAGUCACAUAUGAAGAAGACCAAAAUAAUUCUUUUUGGUAAUCUUCUUCACCCGUAGUUCUUGCUAAACUUGUACAAUGUAUUACCGCUGAUAUCUUGGAGCAUCUCCUGAAGAGAAGGAGAAAUGGCGGGGUGGGGGCUUUUUAAUUAUUUGUUUCCUCUUGAAUGUGAAAGGAACCUCACGGAUUUAGGGAAUAAUAUAAGUGAUGUCAUUGGAACUAACAACAAUAAAAAUUCUGGAAUAGUCACGGAAGAUCGUUUUUUA